UAAAAAGUUGGGCUUUACUUCCUGCUGUUAGUUUAGUUUCAUCAGCCGCGUCCAUUGGGCACACAUUUCACUCCAAUUGAGUUUUCAUCCCCCGGUGCUUCGGAAUGAUGGGAGACGGUGUGACCGACUUCUCGGCGCGGCAGGAGCAGCAGAUUCCUGAAGGUGAAACUUUACUAUGGAUCAGAGCGCGGUCAAGCGAACAUGAAUCACGACGGAAUGUCAACCAGCAGGUUUCGCUGCCGUCGACUACCCUGAGACACUGCGCGUCAAGACACCCGUGGACACACCCCUCCGACUAUAAGGAGCACGAGAUAAAGAGUCUCUCCGCAGAGAUCGAGUGUCUAAAGAAUCCCCAGAAGUUGAGUCCAUCUUCACAUUUGGAUGAUUUACGAGAGGAAAACUCCAGGCUCAAAUAUCGCCUCAACAUCCUCAAGAGGAGUCUCCAGGCGGAAACCCCUCAUUGCGAGACCUCCAUGAUGAACAUCAACCAGCGGCUCCAGGAGAUUUUUGGCGAGGCCAUCAGGGCUUCUUGCCCAGAACUGGACAGCCCGCCGCUGGCCGUCACACCCAACCAGCAGGCCAAGUUUGGAGACUACCAGUGUAACAGCGCCAUGGCCAUGGCCCAGAUGCUGAAAGCAAAAGGUAUGAAGGUCAACCCGAGGGAGAUCGCAGAGAAGAUCAUUCGGAACCUUCCGGAAAACGAACUCAUCGAGAAAACCGAAAUCGCAGGACCAGGCUUCAUCAACAUCCACCUGAAGAGAGCGUUUGUGUCUAGGCUGUUAAGCAACCUGCUGGUCAACGGUGUGCAGCCACCCCCACUGGCCUUCAGGAAGCGGGUCGUGGUAGACUUCUCAUCUCCCAACAUCGCCAAAGAGAUGCAUGUAGGUCACCUGCGCUCCACCAUCAUCGGGGAAAGCAUGUGUCGACUCUUUGAGUUUCUGGGCUACGACGUGGUCAGGUUGAACCAUGUUGGAGAUUGGGGAACACAGUUCGGCAUGCUCAUCGCACACCUCCAGGACAAAUUCCCAAACUACCUGACGGUGUCGCCGCCCAUCGGGGACUUGCAGGCCUUUUACAAAGAGUCCAAAAAGCGUUUUGACGAGGAGGAGGACUUCAAGAAGCGAGCGUACCAGUGUGUGGUCAGGCUGCAGAGCAAAGAAGCAGACUUCCUCAAAGCCUGGAACCUCAUCUGUGACGUCUCCAGGAAAGAGUUCCAGAAAGUUUACGAAUGCCUGGACGUACACAUCACAGAGCGAGGGGAGUCUUAUUACCAGGAGAUGAUGAAGGAGGUGGUAAAGGAGUUUGAUCAGAAAGGCCUGACCGAGAUGGACGAGGGUCGCAAGAUUGUGUUCGCCCCGGGUCAGUCCAUCCCACUCACCAUCGUCAAGUCGGACGGCGGCUACACCUACGACACGUCGGACCUCGCUGCUAUACGCCAGCGGAUCUUCGACGAGAAGGCCGACAUCAUCAUCUACGUGACGGACAGCGGGCAGGCCACACACUUCCAGGUGGUGUUUGCUGCCGCUAAGAUGAUCGGCUGGUAUGACCCCGAGGUGACCCGUGUGGAACAUGCGGGAUUCGGAGUGGUGCUGGGCGAAGACAAGAAGAAGUUUAAGACUCGCUCUGGCGAAACGGUGCGACUCAUGGACCUGCUGGAGGAGGGACUGAAGAGAUCCAUGGACAAACUUAAAGAUAAAGAGCGAGACAAGGUUCUGACCCCAGAGGAGCUGAUCAAAGCUCAGAGGUCAGUUGCGUUCGGAUGCAUCAAAUAUGCCGACCUCUCUCACAACCGCAUCAACGACUACGUCUUCUCCUUCGACAAGAUGCUGGACGACCGCGGCAACACGGCGGCGUACCUUCUCUACGCCUUCACUCGCAUCAGGUCCAUUGCUCGCUUGGCGAACAUCGACGAGGCCACGCUGAGGAAGGCGGCCGAGACCACUGAGGUACUUUUGGACCACGAGAAGGAGUGGAAGCUGGGGAAGUGCAUCCUUCGCUUUCCAGAGAUCCUGCAGAAGAUUCUGGACGACCUGCUGCUACACACACUCUGCGACUACCUGUAUGAGCUGGCCACCACCUUCACCGAGUUCUACGACAGCUGCUACUGCGUGGAGAAGGACCGGCAAACAGGUGAGGUGGUGAAGGUGAACAUGUGGAGGAUGCUGCUCUGUGAUGCGGCGGCUUCCAUAAUGGCCAAAGGUUUUGACAUUCUUGGCAUUAACCCGGUCCAGAGGAUGUGAGCCUCGCUGCAUUUCUGUAUGAUCAAAUCACUCAUGAUUGAGGACCUUUUUUUUUUUUUAUUAAAAAGAAAUAUUGAAAACAAGCGAUGUAUCUUAUCUCGGGAUAUUAGUUAGCUACAUGUUCCAAAUGACAUCACUUUUGUGUGACUGUGGGGUAUAUUUAAUUAAAAGGCUUUACACACUGCAAGUACCUUUGCCAGAGUCUAUUUUACCCAGCAGGAGGGCUUUGUGGCUGUGUGGAUAUAACACUUGGAUGACUUUGGUAGUUGGCACAAAUCAUAGGAUAGUUGUUUUAUGAGUUCUUAUGCCUCAGGGACAGAACACUUUGUUUAAAAAAACAAAACAUCCUUUUUGUCAACCAGAAUGUCACAGCUGCGAAUUUGGCUGUAUGGUAAAUUUAUAAAAAGUCCGCUGUCAAAUGAUGUAUCACUUCCAUGCAUCAUUUAAGUUUACUUUUAAAAUAAAAAAAACCCUGAUAUUUUGACACAAAUGCAUUUUGAUUGCUAGAACGUCAUAAAGGAACAUGUUUUACUUGA